UUUCUCUCUCUUCAAUGGCGACUCAGCAAGUUAGUGAGUACGAACGCAAGCGACUCGACAAUAUUCGCCGCAAUGAUGAAAUGAUGGCUGCCCUCAAACUCCGUUCCAAAGCCACCGAACUACUCUCCAAGCGUCCAAGGGUUGGAACCAAAUCGCACAUUGUGAAAUCCGAAAAGAAACCCAAAACCGAAACCCCAGUGGUGAUUAGGCGCUCCCUGCGCACGAGGGGUAUCCCACCUGAUUCCAAAGGUUUAGAUGCAGAUGCUGUGGAUUUCAACUCUCUCACUAACAAAUCUCCCACCAAAAUCGAACCUUCCGUGAAAAGUUUUGGUCCUCUUCCCAUGACUGAUGCUUAUAGAGGCGCUUGCUCUGAUCGUUCCUUCGUUGAAGCACUUGUUGGUAUGGGCAAUGAGGAAGCUCAAUCCCCUGAACAAUUUGGUAGUUGCAUAGAGAGGGAAUUUUUUAAUGAUGCAAGUGUAGAAAAGAGGAAGGGGGAAAUUGAGGCUUUUAAGUUGGAAUCUCUGUCUUUGGAUCCCGAUAAUAUAGCACGUGUUGUUCCUGGAAGGAUAACUAAUGUGAGGUUUUUUCCUUCCAGUAGUGUGAAGAUGAUUGUUGCGGGCAACAAGUAUGGGGAUAUUGGAUUCAUGAAUGUUGGAGAAAGUGAGGUUUAUUUAUACCAUCCCCAUGAGGCUCCCAUUUCAGGGAUCUUGGUUCAACCACAUUGCUUGUCCAAAAUAUACACUAGUUGUUAUGAUGGAUUGGUUCGGCUAAUGGAUGCUGAGAAGGAAAUGUUUGAUCUGGUAUUUAAUAGUGAUGAAUGCAUAUAUACUCUCUCUCAACCAAAAAAUGAGGCAAACUGCCUAUACUUUGGUGAGGGUCGUGGAGGUUUGACUAUUUGGGAUAACAGGAUUGGUAAAUGUUCGUCGAAUUGGGUUUUACAUGAAGAUAGGAUAAAUACAAUAGAUUUCAACUGUGAAAACCCUCACAUUGUAGCUACUAGUUCCUCUGAUGGAACUGCCUGCACCUGGGAUUUGAGAUAUACUGAUGGGGGUAAGCUCACCGCCUUGAAGACAUUUACCCACAAAAGGGCCGUACAAUCUGCUUACUUCUCUCCUUCUGGAUGUAGCCUGGCAACUACAAGCACGGACAACACAAUUGGUAUAUACAGUGGAGUGAACUUGGAGGUUGCAGCUACUACAUAUCAUAACAAUCAGACUGGCAGAUGGAUUUCUUCUUUCAGAGCAAUAUGGGGUUGGGAUGACUCGUAUAUCUUCGUUGGAAAUAUGAAAAGAGGAGUUGAUGUUGUCUCAGCAGUUCGAAGGGAAACAGUUAUGACUCUAGAGAGCCCUCACAUAUCUGCCAUUCCAUGUAGAUUCGAUGCUCACCCUUACGAGGUUGGGACGCUAGCAGGAGCUACAAGUGGAGGCCAGGUCUAUAUUUGGACAUCGCGCUAG